AAUUUUUUUCGAUUUCAACACUUGACAUCGGAUCAUCAAAAAUGGCAGACGUCCCGAUCGACUGUGACUUCCCCGUUUGGGGAUUAUUACCAAAAAAAGAGACGGGGGUCGUCUCAUUUUUAAACAAAUAUCCUGUAUACGAUGGUCGGGGCACUGUUAUAGCAAUUCUUGAUUCGGGCGUCGACCCAGCUGCAGAAGGUCUCAAGGUGACCAGCACGGGUGAGACGAAGGUUAUAGAGAGGUUCGACUGCAGCGGCUGUGGAGAUGUUGACACUAGCACUGUUGUAAAAAAAGUUGUUGAUGGCUGUGUAACUGGCAUUACUGGCAGAAAAUUAAAGAUCCCAGAGACAUGGAAAAAUCCAUCAGGAGAAUGGCGCAUAGGUGUAGUGCACCCAUUCAGCCUAUAUCCCUCAAAACUGAAGGAGAGAAUACAGGAGCACCGGAAGGAGCACAUUUGGGACGUAGGACACAAGCCCGUAUUCGCAGAGGCUAACAAACAGUUGCAGGAUUUUGAAAAUGAUGUUGUUUCGAAGAAUUCAACGUUAACCACCGAAGAGAAACUGUUGAAGGAAGAGUUGGAGGCGCGGGUGGAGGUACUGCAAACUGCCGAGAAGAAGUUCACAGAUCUGGGUCCCACAUAUGACUGUGUCCUCUUCCAUGAUGGUGAUGUUUGGAGAGCGUGUAUCGACACGUCGGAGUGCGGCUCGCUGUCGGCGGGCCCGCUGCUGGGCGAGUACAGCGCCACGCACGAGCAUGCGCAGCUCACGCCGCAGGACGAGAUGACCAUCAGCAUCAACGUGCACGACGACGGCGACACGCUGGAGAUCGUCGGCAUGUGCUCGACACACGGCACGCACGUGGCAGCCAUAGCCUCUGGUUACUUCGCGGACGACCCCGCGCGGAACGGCGUCGCGCCCGGCGCCAAGCUCGUGUCCCUCACCAUCGGCGACGGCCGGCUCGGCUCCAUGGAGACCGGCGCGGCGCUGGUGCGGGCCUGCAUCAAGGUCAUGGAGCUCAGCAAGAAAAUGAGGAUAGACGUCAUCAACAUGAGCUACGGCGAGCACGCGCACUGGGCUAAUGCUGGGCGUAUAGGUGAUAUAAUGCGGGAGGUGGUGCAGCGGUACGGCGUGGCGUGGGUGGUGUCGGGAGGUAACCACGGGCCGGCUCUGUGCACGGUCGGAGCGCCGCCGGAUAUAGCGCACUCAGUGCUUAUUGGCGUGGGCGCGUACGUGUCGGCGGAGAUGUCGAGCGCGGCGUACUCGCUGCGCACGCGCGCGCGCGGCGGCGCCUUCAGCUGGAGCUCGCGCGGGCCCGCCGCCGACGGCGCGCUCGCCAUCAGCGUCUGCGCGCCCGGCGGCGCCGUCGCACCCGUCGCCAGAUUUACUCUUAGAAAUUGUCAAUUGAUGAACGGCACUUCAAUGGCGGCACCACACGUCGCCGGUGCUUUAGGCGUACUUAUAUCCGGUCUGAAGGAUAAGAAUCUGCCGUACUCUCCAUUCUCGCUAAAGCGCGCGCUGGAGAACUCUGCCACAGUGUUGGCGCACGUGGAGCCGUGGGCGCAGGGCUGCGGACUGCUCAAUAUAGAGAAGGCAUUUGAGAUCCUGACAAACUACCACAACCAGCCGGAACGGGACGUGACGUUCAGCAUCCAGUGCGGGCCGGGCAACGGCAAGGGCAUCUUCCUGCGGCCGCGGAUCGACGACGUGCCCAAGGACAUCAGCAUCACCGUCGAGCCGCAGUUCUUACACGACCACGAGGAUGUGGAGAACAAGUCGGUGGCGGCGCGGCAGAUCGCGUUCGGCGUGCGGCUGGCGCUGAGCGGCGGCGCGGCGUGGGCGGGCGCGCCCGCGCACCUCGACAUGAUGAACGCCGCGCGCCCCUUCAGCGUGCGCCUCGACACCAGGCAGCUGCCGCCCGGCGCACACUUCACCAGUAUAAACGCGUACGACGUGUCGUGCAUCGAGAAGGGCCCGGUGUUCCGCGUGCCGGUGACGGUGCUGCAGCCGCAGGCGCUGCUGCCCUCCGCCGCUGCGCCUGCGCUGCACUGCCGCCAGGAGCUCUUCAACACCGCCGACAUACGCAGGCACUUUGUUAUACCUCCGACGGAAGCCACGUGGGGCGUGCUGAAGAUCUCGACGGAGGACAAGGAGAAGACGGGUCGGUUCCUCGUGCACACGAUGCAGAUCCUGCCGCGCCGCAGCUGCCGCUCGCACGAGAUGCAGAAGAUGGUCAACGUCACCGCAGAGGCGCCCACCGUCCUGCACUUCCCGCUCGUGGGAGACGUGACACUGGAGGUUGUCCUGGCGAAGUACUGGGCGAACAUAGGCGACAUGGUGGUGGACUACUCGAUCGAGUUCCACGGCCUGAAGCCUGACUACGGGCCGCAGCUGGUGAUGUUCGCCAGCGAGGGCAUCAAGUCGGUGAUGAUUAGCUCGCUGCGGCUCGAGGAGGUCCAGCCAUCGGCUCAGUUGAAGUACUCCGAGCCUGUGUAUAGGCCAUCAGAGACGAAGCUGACGCCGCUGACGGCGCGCGACGUGAUCCCGCCCAGCAGGCAGAUCUACCAGCUCAUCAACACUUACAACUUCCACAUAGCAAAGGCUACGGAUGUGUCGCCGAUCGUGUCGCUACUGUGCGACAUGCUGUACGAAUCGGAGUUCGAGUCGCAGAUGUGGAUGUUGUACAACAGUUGUAAACAGCUCAUGGCCGUUGGAGAUGCCUAUCCGUCCAAAUACUCAGUAAAGUUAGAGAAAGGCGACUAUGUGCUGCGGUUGAACGUGCGUCACGAGUCGCGCACGUUGCUGGAGAAGUUGCAGGAACUGCCUGUCGUGAUACAGCAACGGUUGCAGCAACCGAUCACGUUGGAUGCGUACUGCUCGAGAGCGCAGGCUCUCAUCGGCGGCAAGAAAUUCAGUUCAGCGUCGCUGCCUAGCGGCAAAUUAUUACCUCUGUACUUCACCGCAGUGCCUUCAGACAAGGUGUCGCGCUCGGGGCUGUGCGUGGGGCACGCGCUGAGCGGCUCGGUGUGGCUGGCGCGCGACGAGGCGGCGCGGCGCGCCAGCGGGGCGGCGCUGCUGUUCGCGCCGUGCGAGCCGCCGCGCCGCGAGCCGCCGCGCCGCGAGCCGCCGCGCCGCGCGCCCGCCCGCGACAAGCGCGCCGACGACUACGCGGACGCGCUCGCCGACUUCUCCGCCUCCUGGCUCGCCAAACUCGAAGGCGAGAAACUAGAGCAAGUGUACGAAGAACUGGUGGAGAAGUUCCCCGGAUACCUUGGCGCACACGUCGCCUACCUGCAGGCACUGGAUUCGCCUACGGACCCUAAAAAACUACCUCAUGUAAACGAAGAGCCUGACUUCACCACAGCGUGGUGUGAACAAUUAAUAGCUAUUGCAGAUAAGGUAAUAAAAGCGAUAGAUCAAGACAAGUUGUUAGCGUAUUUAGGUAUGAAGAAUGACACGAGGAGCGACGCUAGUAAAAUUAAACAAGAGCAAGAGAAGCAGCGCGGGCUGGUGGUGGAGGCGCUGUGCCGGCGCGGCACGGCGCUGUGCCGCCUGCACGCGCUGGCGCAGAGCCCGGCCGCCAGGGACAAGCUCGCCGACGCGCUCCACGACAACAUCAACGACUUGCUCAAGUUCACAGACCUCAAUGACGCCAAGGUCAUAAACUACGGCGUCUGGCACUGCUUCACGCUGAAACAGUGGGGCAGGGCCAUCAAACUCCUCACGAAGAUCCUGGAGGACCGUCCGUCCAAGGAGGUGGAGGAGCGGCUGAUCGAGGCGUACAACCAGAUCGGCUGGCAUCAUCUGGCGCGCAUCACCGAGGCGACGCUCCCAAUCAAAUACCCCUCCACUUACAGACCCUUCUGAGGGGUGGGAGUGACAUAGCCUCCACUUAAAAUGGGUACAAAGUUGUUGAUAAUUCAAUAGUCUAUUAAGGUUUACGUCCGUGGUUGGAACGUGUUUUAACAUCAUUUCUAAUUCAAGAUGAAACUUUGGGUACAGCUUUGCAAAGGCCUGAACGUGCGAUAACAGACAUGUUUAAGAGGGGUUCAUUAAAUAUAAACGUGAUUUCACGUCCGUCGUUGUGGGUAGUUAAUGUUCGUAUAAAAUGUCAGUUCUCCACAACCUACAUUUUGCCCGUUUGUGGCCAAAACAAAAUGUCUGAUCGUAAACAUUGUAGCCAGUGUAACUACUGCACAUAAUAAGAAUUAACAUCAUAUGUCUAAGGAUGGCGAGCGCAGUGGAAUACCAAACAAUACUUUGUAAUUUAAGGUAAUGGAUGAUGUACUGUUUAUGGGCGGUCAUUAUACCAUUAACGGCAAGCUCGUCUCGUCAUUCAAAGCAAUAAAAAAAACCGCACGUUCAGUCCACGGUCCGGCCACGCCACGUGCGUAUUUUUAGUCAUACGGUUUGUCAGCUUAUUGUAGGUGUUUGAAAGUAUAGCAGUUCGUUGGAUAUUUACAAAAGGGGUGAAUAUUGCUUAAAUUAUAUUUUUACAGUGCUAGGUUAUGUUGUUGAUAUUUAAAAAUAUAUUUGCUGGGUAGUGGGAGAGUCCUUCACUUACGUAUCACGUCGGCUACAACGUAGGCAAGUUCAAAGGAACAUGACCCUAUUUAUGAUUUAAAGGGAUGACAAGUUCAUAUAAUAUGACGCAGUGACAGUUCCAUGACAAGUUCUGAAUAGAAAAACACUGUUCUAAAAUUAUUCAGAUAUUUUGUUCAAAAGUAAAAAUGCAUACAUAUAAAAAUUUCAUAUUAUUUUAUCCUCACUGAUUUUAUAUAAUUUUAAACAUAUUUACAUACUUCCCAGCUCCUUUUCAAUUAAAUCUAUAAAAACAAUAUCUAAGUAAUUAAAAAUAGUAAUUUAAACUCAAUAGUAUUUAAUUUGUACCCAUUUUCAGUAGAGUCCGUGUUGUGUUAGUUCACAUUGUUGAAUGUCAGGAAUACUUGUGUUCAUACGCGCGAUGGUCAUACAAUUGGCUGGUCUUGGGUGCCGCAAUUUGUAUAUGAUAGCAAAUAAUAUUUGUCCCUUUACAAAUUACAUUUACAAACGCUCACUUCAUGAGCAAGUAUUGCAACUAGUGGAGUUGUUUGCGAACUUGUAGUUCGCUCUGAAGUUGUCAAUAGUACCUGCGCAUGAGCAUCCAUUGUCCGUAUAAGACAAUGACGUGGCCGUUGUAACUUCAGAGCGAACUAAAUAUUUGGCGUGUGCUAUAAAGCCACGAAUUUUGAUAUCAAUACCAUAAUUUCAAGUCAAUUAAAGUUUCCGAUAUUUUCUACGAUAUACUCCUGUAUAUUUUUUAGAGUUAAUGAUACUCGGCAGUAGUCACGACGCUUUUCCACCAUCAUGAAUGCCGAUAGAACACAAAAAAAUGUAUAGCAAAAUUCCCAUACAUAUUUUUGGUUUCUUAUUAGCGUAAUUGAUUAUAGAAAGGCGUUUUGGCUAGGGCCUCUGGUACGUGAGUUCUCAUGUGAAAACGCCUGUCAAUCGUAUGAAAAUCGCGCUACAUAAAAUAGUAUUAGAAUAGUGCUGUUACGGGAAACAAUAAAGUAAAUAGCUUGUGCAUAUGUCAGUGAAACGGUGCUACACACGAGUGCUUAAUAUUAGUUUACGAUAAAAAAAAAUAGUCCAAUGCUACGUGCUUUUGCUUGUGGGAGAUGUUAGGUUUUAAUUGAAAUCUUAUUUUUCUACGUAAUCUUUAUUUUAUUGUUUCUGGUCAGUUUUGCCUCGACGGUUAUUCUAGACCAGAGUAAUGGAUUGAAUUUCAAGGCUUUUUUAUCAGUUCGAUUUUUUAAGUAUUUUUUAUUUUGUGAAUUGAUGUUAUGAUGGAUGGAAAUUAUUUUAAAUUAAAUGUAACGAAAAUGACGUGGUCAGCAUCAAAGGAAGUUUCUGGGAAUGGCUGCUUUUCUUAUCCGAAAUUUGAUGGCCUUUUCUCUAAUUCACUAAUAAAAUUGAGAUUAUUUCAUAUUUCAUCAAUUAGAAUUAGGGAAGAUUAGAUGAAGAUCUUUUAAUUUCGGCUGUAAGAUGGAAGGGUCUUUACCAGAAACUAAUUUACAAGUUGCUCAGCAAUAAUCGCAUUUCUAGACAAAUCUUGUGGACAAUUCGAUGUAAAGCGGUCGACGCGAGAAUGAAUUGCGUGAUGUUUUUACUAAAAUAUAAUUUAAUUCGUGUGAACUCAUUUUAUGUUCCUUAAAAAAAAUUUUUUUUUGAUUUUUUAUUUUGAAUUUAUGUCAUAUACGUAACGAGAAAUCUCUACUAUCAAAUGUUACAGUGGUUUCAAUUAAAAAGUCAAUUCGAAAUAGUAACAAAAAUUGAAUGAAACGAUACACGUUACGAUUUAUCGGUGCGAUAUGAUUCAUUAGAUCGUAAAGAUUUCUCGUGUUGACAAUUACAAUUACAAAAAAAAUACACUAGUUGUUUCGUAAAGCAAUGUUACAUGACUUUCAAAAACAUACACAGAAUGGAAUAAGGCUCGUUUUUGAAUAGAGUUGUUUUGAAAGCCUGUAAAAGUUACUUAAUUUUGGUUUGUAAUCAAUCCAAUCGGUGCUGUAGUUAGCUUAAUUCCUCAAAUAUAGAAAAUAUUUAUAUUUUUUUACAGUGAGAGUACUUAAAAUUUCUAUUAUGAAAGUUUUCCCAACUCCUGAGAAAAUCUAAACAUUUUUAUAUUUUGAGCCUAUGAAAAUGGCUGAAAGCAUUUUGAUCCCCUUGGAAAUCCUACAAUUACGUUAGUAAGCUUUCACCUUCGUUUCAUAUUCAUACUAAUCUAUUCACCACUUCUAGUUGAAAUCUAGUGCUUUUAGAACUAAUUUAGCUUAAAUUAAGUAGUAAAUGGUCGCUAAGAACUGAAAAAGUACAUUUAUUUUGUAAUAGUUGGUACGAAAUAACGCUUGGCAAAUUCGCUAUUUCGCGUUUAGUAAUUACGGUAAGCGAAGAUUUUUUUAUUAAAUAAUUUAGGUAGACUUGGUGAAGACACGGUUCAGGCCCUCAGUUGCUUUUCCAAUUAUAUCUUAGGUCUGUAUUUUUCUUUCACCGUUUAUUCGGUGUCGAAUUUCAAAGACUUUUCAUCGAUCUUAAUAAAAAAAUGGCAAUCUCGCCAAUAAGUUCCAAUUUUUGGACACAAGGCUCUAACAUUGGCUAUUGAAGCUUGAAUAUGAGCCUAACAACUUAGGUCAACAAUUCCUAACAUUGGCCAAUCAAGUUCCAAUAUUGGCCAACUAAGUUCCAAUAUUGGCCAAUUAAGUUCUAAUUGACGCAAUAUUUUAUUUUAACCAUUCUAACGAGUAGUGGGUUUGAAUGUCCACGAAAUGUAUCCCUAAUUGGCUGGAGAGAGCGCUCGCGGCGCUGUUAGCCGGUAAGCGAUGUUUUUUAAACGAUUUGUUUAUAACAAUGACAAAUAAAUGAUUAUUUGAUGA